AUGACGCGGAUAGUGUUUUUGGUUAUCUUGAUAUCCUCCCCUGUUUGGGGUUGCCUCGGAGGCGGUGGUGGAUGUUGCUCAACACCUGAAUGCGGAAAUCCCUGUGGAGGUGGGGUUGGCGGAUAUCCGAGCGGCCCAGUUAGUGGUGGAGGAGGAUAUGUGGGAACAGGUGGAUAUGGAGGAGUUGGAGGAGCACCCAUUGGAUAUGGAUCCGCUCCUUCAUAUGGCGGACCUCAAGCUGUUCCAGUUCCAGCCUCAAAUGUUGGGUACUCAAAUGGAUUCACUGGUGGAGUCCAAAACCCGGCCGUCGGAGAAGUGAAUCCAGGAAUCGGAGGUCAAGUUGAUGCUGGACCCAGUUCUGGUCAAGCCAGCUAUAACCAAGAAACCAGUGCUCAAGUGGCUUCAAAUAGCGAAUCUAACACAAGAACUGAAAUCUCUGAACCGACUGGAGGGGCUCCGGGAACAGAUUACGAGAUUGAAUAUACAGAUGAAGCAAAAGACCUUCCAACACCAAGCGCUCUUACACCAAAUGCUCAACCAGCCGCAUCUUCAUAUUCUGAACCAACUGCAGUGACAAGUGACACAGAUAUUGCAGCCUCGAUUUCAACUCGUCCAUCCACUCCCAUUUCAAGCGAAGUUCAACCAGUAGAGACUCCAGCUGCUUAUCAACCACCCGCUCAAUUGACCCCGAGUGGCAGUCAGCAAAUUGAAGAUGAAAAUGAGGAACCUCGAUUGAACUAUCAAGCAUCAAACAGUGAGGACACCGCCCAAUAUGUGGCUCCAUCAACAAAUGAGCAAGUCAACGCUCCAGCACCAUCAGAAGACUAUAAUGAAGAGGGAAAUCAACAACAACAGGAAUCAGCGACUCCCGAAAGAAUAUUCCCAAGCUCACCAGUUCCACACGCCGAAGUACCUGCUAGUGAUGAGAAUGAGCCCGCCGGUUUUGUUUCGAAUCUCGGUGAUCAAAUCGAAGCCGCUGAAUUUGGACAAACAGGAGCUACCCCAGCUGCCGGAAGCUAUCCAACAGAAGUUCAACAAGAACAGCAAGUUGCUGCUGAUCCAAAUGAAUCGGAGACCCCAGUUGGAAAUGAAGUCAAUGGAGAUCAUGAUGCUUCGAUGGAAGCUAAACCAGUUGCCGAAAGUGAACCCGUUGAGGCUCCAGCUGCACAGGUGGUAGUGGGAGUCCGUCCUUCAUCAACUUACAAUCAGGACACUUUUGAGAAUUCGCAAAAUCAAAUCGCCACAGAAGAAAACAAUCAAACACACGAUGAAGAACAAGAAUUCUUUGGAAAUGAACCAACUGAAUCAAUGCCUGUAACACCGAUUGAACAAGAGCAAAGUACUAAUCAAGCUGAGCAAUCUAGCACUACUCAAAGCCCUUAUCCACAACUCAUCCCACAACCGAUAUCCGUUGAACAAAUGGGUACUGUUGAUAAUGAACUUUUUGAUAAAGAACAUCAAGUACCUUCUGAAUCUACAAGAUUGGAUCAAUCUGGUCCAAUUGGACCUGAGACCACUUAUCAAACUCAAGAACCACAACUAGCCCAAACUCAAUCUCUCGCUUCGACUAUUCACGAACAAGUUGAACCAUCACUUGACAUCGAAACCUCGAUAGACACAAAACUGUCUGAACCAGAACCACCACAUCGUGUUGAAUCAGCAUAUUCAACACAAAUACCACAAUCUAUUCAACCUCCAUCGGCACUACCGAUUCUUGAACAAGUUGAUCCAUCAUUAGACUCAGAAGCAUCGAUUGAUUUGAAACUUUCUGAACCGAAACCGGCUCAACGAUUUGGGCAGCCAGCAGAGAAUGUUCCCAGUAGCUCAUCACAAGACCCAGUUAAAGGCGAAAUUCAUUCAUUGCCAACAACAGCAGCUGAUGGUUCAAUUACUGCGGGAGCAAUGGAGACAACAGAACGAUACACAGGGGACAACACUAACAAUGGUGAAGAUCAAGCAGAUCAUGAGGCCGAUUUGCCUCUCCAAUCACCCACACAAGCACAAAUCUAUCCAACCACUUCAUCUCCAAAUACAGCCAAUCAAACACCGCAAAUUGAGCAGAAUACCGUUCCUCCACUAGAACCAUACAAGAAUGAAAACAUUGGAGAAAUCAUCACCGCUCAUGAACAACAGAUUGUUCCCGCAAAUGGAUUCCGACCACAGCCAAAUGUUCAACCGACCGUUGUUGAUAAUACUGGAGGCUACAACAAGAUUAUUCGAGCAGGAAAGGCUCGAACAUUUGGAGUGCGAACGAAACCCGAAUACAACGGAGAACCAUAUUUCUUUAUUAUUAGGAAA